AUGAAUCGCAUAGACAAGUUUUUCAGCCUCGCUGCAGAGGAGGCGAAGCAGAGCGACAUGCACUACAAGCACGGGGCUGUGAUCGUCAAGGGCGGUCACGUCGUGGCAAAGGGCCACAACUCUCGUCGCAGCAGGCGGGCUCUGAACCCAAAGAAGGGCAACAACAAGAACAAGAAGAAGAACGCCAAUAAGCACCGACUCAAGCGGGUGAAGGGGUGCGACAUAUACGUGGUACGGUUGGACGGGGCGGGUCUGGGCGAGUCCCGGCCCUGCCACCUCUGUCUCGAGUGGCUCCGCGCGUGCGGAGUCAAGCGCGUGUUCUACAGCGUGCGACCGCAGCAGCAGGCCGCUGCGGCAGCUCAGCCAGUUGGCGACGACGAUGGGUCUCCUCCUGUCGCCGCUGCAGGCGCCGUGCGCUGGGUGAAGCAGACCCUCGAGGCGCUGUGUGCCGAAACACAGUACGUCACCUUGUCCGAGCGUUUCCUCAGCAGCCGUGCCACCAACGGCCGUUGGCAUGAGCCGCCAAACCACAACCACUAG